UUGAUAAUGACGGACAACAUCUACCGACAUGAUGGUACUUUGAGCGCCAUAGAAUUUGCCAGAAAAGUUGCAGAGGAUUAUGAUGCACGGGACAUUUGUGAACCCUUUGCCAUAAUCGAUUUGGAUGUGGUUAAAAGACAGUUGGACUUGUGGAACAUUGCUCUUCCAUCUGUAAAGCCUUUCUAUGCUGUAAAAUGUAAUCCUGACCUUAACAUCCUGAGAGCAUUAUCCGCGAAUGGAGCGUGCUUUGAUUGUGCUAGUGUCACCGAAAUAAAGCAGAUCUUUUUGGAUAAUCUGGCUAAAGGCAAUGAAAUAAUUCUGGCUCAUCCUAUCAAAUCUCGGCAAUGUAUAGAGUAUGCGAUAGAGAAUGGCGUGACAAUGAUGACAAUUGAUAGUGUUGAGGAGCUAAGAAAAAUUGCAGGAGUUACAAAGAAAGCCAAGCUGAUACUCAGAAUCAAAGUCACAGGAUUUGAUGCUCUUGUGGAUUUGAAUAAAAAAUUUGGAGCUGAUGAUGUCACAAGCAAACUGAUAUUCCACGAGGCGAAGAAAAUUGGCGUGAAAAUUUAUGGUAUAAGCUUUCACAUCGGCUCCGGUGUUGUGAAUUGCCGCCCUGUCGCGCUCUCAUUGGCCAAUGCGCGGAAGUUGCUGGAUUACGGUAGGAUGCUAGGUCAUCCUGUGGAUAUAAUAGACAUUGGAGGAGGAUUCGUACCUACUAGCAAUACAGAAUUCCUGAAAAUUGGGCAUUUCAUCGAAAACACCUUAAGCACAUGUUUCGAAGGAGUUGCAGUGUCCGUGAUUGCAGAACCUGGGCGUUUUUUAGUUACAAAUGCACAAUAUGUAGCCACUCGUGUUAGUCAAGUGGUUCUUAAAUCUAUCAGUGAAGAUAUACCUGAAAGCUACAGUAUCUACCUAAAUGACGGAGUUUACGGCUCUUUCAAUUUUGUUCUUACAGAGAAAAGAAAAGCCACAGGUUAUCCUCUUUUUAAUGAGCGAGAAGGCCACAUGAGAGCUGAUAUCUGGGGACCAACAUGCUGCAGUUUCGACAUCAUCGAGGUCAAAUUUUCACAUUUUUCGCCAAUUUUUUUUAAAACGUACAGUACCCAAAACCCUUCGUAUUUACAAAACCUAAAAUCCAUUUUCAGACUGAUCGUCGCAUUUCAACACUUAGAGAAGGUGACUGGAUACUGUAUCCUGACUGUGGAGCCUAUUCUCUAUGUUUGUCUACUCACUUCAACGGGUUUCACCCUCCAAAUGUGUUCUACCUCACUUCAGCAACGAUUUGGUAGGUACAGGACUAGAUUUUGGGACAUGGGAAACGAUAAUUCAAUUAUAACUCAUGCAAAAAAAAAGUUAUUUUUGAGCUUGUUUAGCUACAAGGGGAGUUUGAUGCAGUGUCCAAAAGAGGAUUUGUGCUUAUUAGCCCAUGCCUAA